CGCAACUGUAUGUUUAGAAAGAGACGUGGCCGUGUAUCUGUAAUGGUACACAACUAAUUCGAGAAUAAUUAAUGAGUGGAGAAAAUUCGAUGACUCAAAAGGAAACAAAAUGCACCAAAGUAGAUCUCUAGCGGAAGUUGCUGGCAACAAGGGAAGCGCAUGCGCGGACCCAGGGUGUUGGAUUUGACAGAUUGUUGCGAUCAUUUCAAACUCAAUUUAUGGUACAAUAUACUGGAUUAAAAAAAAAACGAGAUAAAGAACCCGAAGGUGGGAUCGUGACGAAACUCGGGUAAUUCCAGCUGUCCGGAGGCGAGGAUCGUUUACGUUUGCAUGACGACACUCAUAUAGAUCGAGAGAAGAGAGUUUAGGGCCGAAAGGGUCGUGGCGGUUGUGUGAAAAUGUGCGCAAGAAGGACGGCACAGUACAAGGAGGCACUUGGUGGACCAAAAGCAAAAAAGGAGCCACAAUGUCACCGACUGGACGCCGUUGUCGAUCUGCAGCCUCCAGCCGUUCGACGCGGAGCAGAGCUUAGUCCUGAGCGGCAGGAGCCAGAGCCCCCUCGCAUUAAAGAGGAAGUGGAGGACGAAGAGGCCCACCUCAUCAAAGAGGAAGAGGAGCCCAUUUUGAUUAAAAAAGAAGAGGAAGAAGCGUUCCCCCACAUCAAACAGGAAGAGGAGGAGUUUCCAUCGACUGGUGUCCCUUUGAAGAGUGAAGAUGGUCAAAGUGAGGAGAGCGGAGGGGCGGAGCCGCCAAGCAGCAGCUCAAAUCAACACAUGACAACAGGAGGCGAUGGAGACCACUGUGGAGGAUCGCCAGCAGACGGACUCUUUGCGCAACAGUCAGAUUGUGACGACAUGACGUCACACUCUCCUCACACUGAUGAUGACGCUAAACAGUCUGAAGGUGAUAUGACAUGUCACACUGACAACAAACGUUGGAAAUGUUCUCAGUGUGGGAAAACAUUUGCUAGUAAGACUAGUUUGAAACAACACACGAGAACACACACUGGCGAGAAACCCUUUUCCUGCUCAGAUUGUGGUAAAAGAUUCUCUGAAAAGGGGAACUUUAAAAAACACACAAGAACCCACACUGGUGAGAAACCUUUUGUCUGCUUAGAUUGUGGCCAAAGAUUCUCUGUGAAGGGUAGCUUAAAAAUACACACAAGAACGCACACUGGUGAGAGAGCUUUUUCCUGCUCAGAUUGCGGCCAAAGAUUCUCUCAGAAGGAACACUUAAAAAGACACACAAGAACCCACACUGGUGAGAAACCUUUUUCCUGCUCAGAUUGCGGUCAAAGAUUCUCUGACAAAGGAAUUUUAAAAAUCCACGCAAGAACCCACACGGGUGAGAAACCUUUUUCCUGCUCAGAUUGUGGUCAAAGAUUCUCUGUGAAGGGAAGCUUAAAAAGACACACAAGAACCCACACUGCUGAGAAACCUUUUGCCUGCUCAGUUUGUGGUCAGAGAUUCUCUGUCAAGGCAACCUUGACAAGACACACAAGAACACACACUGGAGAGAAACCUUUUGCCUGCUCAGUUUGUGGUCAAAGAUUCUCUGACAAGGUAACCUUGACAAGACACACAAAAACACACACUGCUGAGAAACCUUUUGCCUGCUCAGUUUGUGGUCAGAGAUUCUCUGACAAGGGAAUCUUGACAGUACACACAAGGACACACACUGGUGAGAAACCUUUUUCCUGCACAGUUUGUGGUCAAAGGUUUUCUGCGAAGCGAAACUUAAAAAUACACACAAGAACCCACACUGGUGAGAAACCUUUUUCCUGCACAGUUUGUGGUCAAAGAUUUUCUGUGAAGGGAAACUUAAAAAUACACACAAGAACGCACACUGGAGAGAAACCUUUUUCCUGCUCGGUUUGUGGCCAAAGAUUCUCUAAGAAGGAAAACUUAAAAAGACACACAAGAGCCCACACUGGUGAGAAACCUUUUUCCUGCUCGGUUUGUGGCCAAAGAUUCUCUUAUAAGUAUCUGGCUAAGAGACACAAGUGUGCUGGUGAAAACAGCAGUGAUCACGAAGCUUUUUUUCAUGAAACUGUAAAUGUUUAAUUUGAAAAGUUACUGACAAAAAGAAAAUCUCCAUUCUUGUAUUCUAUGUACCAGCUUUUAUUGUAUCCAUCGUCUUGUCCAGAGACACUGAACAAAAAUAUAAACAGUUUUGUUUUUGCUCCCAUUUUUUGUGAGCUGGACUCCCAAGACAGAAUUUCUAGGCGCAGCCAAGGCGUAGAGGGGGUCCGGUUUGGUGCCCUCAGUAUUGCAUCUCUGCUUUUUGCUGAUGAUGUGGUUCUGUUGGCUUCAUCAAGCCCUGACCUCCAACUCUCACUGGAGCGCUUCGCAGCCGAGUGUGAAGCGGCCGGGAUGAGAAUCGGCACCUCCAAAUCUGAGACCGUGGUCCUCAGUCGGAAAAGGGUGGCGUGCCCUCUCUCCGGGUCGGGGAUGAGAUCCUGCCCCAAGUGGAGGAGUUCAAGUACCUCGGGGUCUUGUUCACGAGUGAGGGAAGAACGGAACGGGAGCUCGACAGGCGGAUCGGUGCGGCGUCUGCAGUGAUGCGGACUUCGUACCGGUCCGUUGUGGUAAAGAAGGAGCUAAGCCGAAAGGCGAAGCUCUCGAUUUACCGGUCGAUCUACGCUCCUACCCACACCUAUGGUCACGAGCUGAACAAGAUCCCGGAUACAAACGGCCGAAAUGAGUUUCCUCCGCAGGGUGUCCGGGCUCUUCCUUAGAGAUAGGGUGAGAAGAAGCUCGGUCAUACGGGAGGAUCUCCGAGUAGAGCUGCUGCUCCUUCGCAUUGAGAGGAGCCAGGUGAGGUGGCUCGGACAUCUGUUGAGGACGCCCCCCUGGUAAGGUGUUCCGGGCAUGUCCCACCGGGAGGAGACACCAGGGACGACCCAGGGCACGUUACGUCUCUCAGCUUGCCUGGCAACGCCUCGGAAUCACCCCGGAAGAGCUGGAGGAAGUGGCUGGGGAGAGGGAAGUGUGGGCGUCCCCGCUAAGGCUGCUGCCCCCGCGACCCAAACUGUGGUAGAACAUGGAUGGAUGGACUCCAAGAUCUCAAACUUGUUCUCCAUACACAA